AUAUCUGUCAGCGAAUUACAAUAGGUAUGCGUUUUAUGACACCCUCCAAACAUCUCCGUCAGCGAAUUGAAAUACGCCUUUUUUUGAGUCUCCAAAGGAAGACGCCCUCUUAGCAUGGAGGUCUCGAACGUGUCUUGUUGGCAACACGAGAUAAUUGUGGAAAAUCAUUACUAAAACCCAGGGUGUGGGAUCAUCAAUCCUGUCAAAAGUUGUUCAACGCAAAAUCUUGUUCCAUUCCCUCCUCUAGGCAACAAGAAUCAGUUGAUAAUUUCUCUGUCCCAAUCAUGCUUUCAGGUGCAUUUUGUAGUAGCAUUUCCCGCCCAAAUUCGAGCACCCAUUUUAAACCAUGCUCCUUGGCUUCCAACCCCAAAGUUAGCAGGUCUCCGAACCUCAACGAAUGCCAUGAACUUACAAAAGUUAGCUGCUCGAUGCCUGCUUCAAUACAUAGAGAAAUCUCAAUAUGCAGCGCCCAGUUAACAAUAGGUCUCCAAACCAGAUUUAAGGUCCCCAAAAGGGGUGUUCCUGUAACUGCAGCAACAGGGACUUCCAGUGAUGGUUUUACUCAGAUACCUCCUGCUAAGGUUAUGAGAAGGAUUUUAGAAAGUCCAGGGGUGCACCAGGGCCCUGCUUGUUUUGAUGCUCUCAGUGCAAAGCUGGUGGAACAAGCAGGAUUUCAGUUCUGUUUCAUGAGUGGAUUUUCUGUGUCUGCUGCUCGAUUGGCCUUGCCAGAUGUUGGCCUUAUUUCAUAUGGAGAAAUGAUAGAUCAAGGGUCACAGAUUACAAGUGCUGUAUCUAUUCCUGUAAUAGGAGAUGGGGAUACCGGGUACGGAAAUAUUUUGAAUGUUAAAAGAACUGUGAAAGGUUAUAUCAGAGCAGGUUUUGCAGGAAUUCUGCUAGAAGAUCAGGUUUCUCCAAAAGCUUGUGGCCAUACUCAGGGCAGGAAAGUGGUUUCUCGAGAGGAGGCUGUUAUGCGCAUAAAAGCAGCUGUGGAUGCUAGGAAAGAAAGCUCUUCAGAUAUUGUUAUUGUAGCACGGACAGAUGCUCGUCAAGCUUAUUCACUGGAGGAAUCACUAUGGAGGAUACAAGCGUUUGCUGAUGCAAAGGCAGAUGUACUUUUCAUAGAUGCAUUGACUUCGAGAGAGGAGAUGAAAGCAUUCUGUAAUAUUGCUCCACAUGUUCCAAAAAUGGUAAAUAUGCUCGAAGGUGGUGGGAAAACACCUAUAUUGAGUCCAAUUGAACUAGAGGAGUUCGGAUUUAAAAUCAUUAGCUAUCCUCUUUCCUUGCUUGGGGUGUCCAUUCGAGCAAUGCAGGAUGCUUUGUCAGCCCUGAAAGGUGGCCGCGUUCCACCCCCUGCAAGUCUACCAUCAUUUGGGGAAAUUAAAGAAGUUAUAGGAUUUAACGAUUACUAUGAAGAAGAGAAGCGCUAUUCUAUAAAUGAACCUCCAGUUGUUUCAAAAAAUGAUUUGAAUCAAAUAACAGGAUCAAUAACAGAUGACAAUGUAUCUACUUUUCUGUCUUCAAUGACGACAAACAAAUCUGAGCAACAAACUAAUGAGAGAGGACAGGAAGACUUUCAGGAAACCAAUGUGGAAGUGAUUACUCCAUAUGUGCUUCAGGAAUCUACCUCUGACGAUGCAAGGGAACCUCUUUCUGGAAUCUGGUCACGUUCAUUGCGGGUAAAAAUCACCUCAGCUGAUGGAUUUGAAAAGCUUGAUGUGAGGAUUCCGGCUGGGUUCUUGGAAGGCAUCACAAACAUCAUUCCAGGUUUUGCAGGUCUGAACCUUAAGUCAAUGUUGGAUGAGGCUGCCAGCAAUCAGAAGGGUAAUUUGGAGAAAGGAAAGAGGCUAAUAGAUAUUAAUGAUAGGAUUGGUGACCGUAUUGAAGUAUUUUUGGAGUGAGCAAGAGACUAUGCUUUCCCCAAGUAAUGAGCUGGACACAAGACACGAGGAUAUGUCAAAAUACAAAAUAAAAGUAAAGGAUAUUAGAGAAAACAUAUCCAUGCAAAUGAAGGAUAAAGAUGGAUUUUGUUCUAGAUUUAUUAGUUGCAUUGUUAAUUGAUAAAACUUUGGAUUUUUUAAGCAAUCAGAACAAAUAAAACCGUGCAAAGGCUGUAGAUAGAUAUGAUAAUAGAAAUUUUAAAUUGCUUUGUGAUCAAACAAAGAUAAAAUUGACUUUAGAUUGCUUUGUGGUGAAGCAAAGAUUAGUCGUUUCAGGUUUCCUUGCCUAUAAAUAUAGAAAAAACAUAUUAUGGUAAGGGGAUGAUUAUUUCAAAUAAAUUAUGUGAUUUCACAUUUAAUC